AUGGUAUCUUACAUGAAGAAAUCCCUUAGUAUACUUGCAGGAUUCGGGAAUAGUGAUCUUUUACCGCCUGAGGAAUAUAUAUCCGCAACAUAUGAUUGUACAGGUUGUUCAAAUCCUUGUUCUGAGCAUAAGUCAUAUCCAUCUUAUUUAAAUAUUGAGAUGGAUAUGCCUAUUUUGGGGUCUGUAAAGCCAUACGGUCGACAUGUUCUGAUUGCUACAGGAGUUACUGAUUGGCCUAAAAAAAUCCAAUAUGAAAGAGAUACCUUUGCCUACAGCUUAUAUCAAGCUGAAUGCAAUAAUAAGUCAGUAUAUCCUUGGAAAAACUUAGUGACAAAUGCAUCGUUUGUUUCCACUUAUUCAACUGUCCCCAAUAGUUGUGAUGUCCUGAUUUUUCCAGAUAAUAUACUUAUUUCUAAUGUUACAUCAGAGAAAGCUAAUGAUUUCUACAACCUAUUUCUUGCAACUCCUUUACCAAAACAAGCAGUCGAUAUUGAAUUGCUGAAGAAAGAUAGUCGUAUAGGUGAAAUGAAUAUUUAUAAAUGUCCAUACAAGUCACUUUUGUUGCUAUGUUCACAUAAAAGAAGAGAUAAACGAUGUGGAGUGACUGCACCUAUUUUAGCACAGGAAUUCGACCAUGUGUUACGGGAAAAAGACUUGAGUGAACAGGAUGCUGCUGUUAUCAUGGUUAGUCAUAUAGGAGGUCAUAAAAUUGCAGGUAAUGUCAUUUGUUAUAUAAAUGAAGGUGCUCGUGGUAUUUGGUAUGGUCGAGUCAAAACUUGCCAUUGUCGUCUAAUAGUUGAGGAAACCAUUAUAAAAGGAAAAGUAAUCAAAGAGAUUUAUAGAGGAGCUAUGGACAAUAGUUUUGAAAAUCAACAAAAGAGGUCAAUCUUUAAAUGGUAG